AUGAGAUUGAUAAGGUUUCUCGGUUCUUCUUGGGCUUCAUUCUUCUACGGAUAUGGAAAUCUAGCCUGCUUGUACUGGUUCAAUAGUAUCAGCAAGGAAUUCUUCUUGGCAGCAACCGCUGGUUUCGUAUUGUGGAUAGGAUUGGCUUUUCCUUACUUCGUUGCUACCACAGUGCUCGUUGUAACGGGUUUGGCUGUUAAUUUCUUUAAUUACUUCUAUUUGCUUAAUGAUUCGGUGUGGAGAUUUUGGGAGGAUGUUAUUACAGUUGGUGGUUUAUCAGCUUUGCCACAGGUUAUGUGGUCGACAUUUGUUCCUUAUUUACCAAACACUAUAUUGCCCGGUGCUCUAUCGUUUGUUGUAGCUGUUGCAGCUGUUGUUAUGGCACGACUAGGUAAACUAUCUGAGAAAGGUACUAAAUUUGUUGGAGCCAUAUCUGGAUGGACGGCUACACUCCUCUUCAUGUGGAUGCCGGUAUCACAAAUGUGGACAAAUUUCCUCAAUCCUGACAAUAUUAAAGGCUUAUCACCUGUUUCUAUGUUGCUUGCAAUGAUUGGCAAUGGACUCAUGAUUCCUCGUGCGCUAUUAACUCGCGAUUUCAUGUGGUUUCUCGGUUCUUCUUGGGCUUCAUUCUUUUACGGAUAUGGAAAUCUAGCCUGCUUGUACUGGUUCAAUAGUAUCAGCAAGGAAUUCUUCUUGGCAGCAACCGCUGGUUUCGAACUGUGGAUAGGAAUGGCUCUAUGGAGAGACACUGUAGUUCAUGGAUAUAGCUCACCUUUCACUUCAUUGAAAGAGUUGAUUUCUGGUUCUUAGAGAGAGUUAUUCAUCAAUUGGGUUCAGGAACACAAUCAUCCACACAUUCUUUUGCUGCAAAUAGGAAACACAUUUUGCAAACUUCCUGUUGGGUGGACGGCGAAGCCAUGCGAAAAUGAUUAGUAACUCGGUUCAAAGUGAAGUCUUGUCUUUUCAAGAUGAAUUUGUUGCCAGGUAUGUUUACUUUAUUGAAAAACAAAGUCUUGUUUUGUUGCUACCAUUUUAUUAGGAAGGAGAGAAAAAUUAAGUAUAGGAAAAAGUUUAUAUCUUACUCCUAUACUUUAAUUUGUUCUUUAAGGCCUAGAAGGAAUGACUACUACAUUAUUAGAGAUAGAAGAUCAGAUUUUGAAAACUCUCUCUGAAGAUGAUACAAGGCAUCUUACCAAUUUUGUUACCUAAAGAAAAAAGUAGUAAAUGCUUCUAUUCUAAUAAAUUCAUUCAUUCACUUAAAAAAAGAGGGAAAAGAAAAAUCUGAAACUUUGAUUUUCAAAUAUGUCAAUCUAUCAUUGUCAAAA